AUAAUCGGCGACCUGAUCCAAGUCAAGAUUCCAUAGCGUUGGUCUGUAAGCUCCGUAGAUCGGAGCAGAUCCGUAAAGCUUGUUCUCUUCCUCGAGCGAUCUUCCUGUCGUCCCCUGUCCGAACAAAGACCUGGUCUUUGAGCUUCUUCUCGAGCUUCUAACUCAUGGAUGUCUGCACUAAUCACUCGUCUCUUCCACCUUCUAGAUGGCCGAACGUCAGCCGCUACCAAGUCUUCCUCAGUUUCAGAGGAGGAGAUGUUCGGAGCAACUUCCUUGGAUGUCUCCACCAAAGCCUCACUGAUUCAGGGAUCGAUGCAUUUAUCGACCGCGAGGGGAUUGAGAUCGGAGAAGAGAUCAUGGAAAAGAUCUUCCAAGUCAUCAGGCAGUCGGAGAUAUGCAUACCCAUCUUCUCCAAAGAUUUCGCUUCCAGUAGGAGUUGCCUGAAGGAGGUGGAGAAAAUGGUGGAGUGUCGCGGGACAAUCAUGCCCAUUUUCUACGACGUCACCCCUUCAGUGGUCGGCAAACAGCAGGAGAGUUAUCAGCAGUCCUUCUGCAACCAUGCGGCCCAGGGGGUGGAGUCAGCGACUAUAAACAAGUGGAAGGAGGCUCUGCAGAGUGUUUCAGGAAAACGAGGAUGGGAAUUGGAGAAAUUCCAGCACGGGGAUCCUGAACUCAUAAAGGAGGUCGUUUUGACGAUCCGCCGGCUGUUGAGGAAGGAUGAGUUAGAUGUGACAGAACAUUUAGUGGGAAUGGAUCACCAUGUGCAAGAGAUGAUGAGAAAACUUGGUGUUCACUAUGAAAAUGGACGAGUGGUUGAAGGGCAAAUGCUGACGGGAAAAUGUGUGGUUGAGAUAUCGGGCCUUUCAGGGAUCGGUAAGUCGACUCUUGCAAAGAUUGUCUACAACAAAAUCCAUCAUCUCUUUGAAGGAUGCUGCAGCUUCCUUAACGAUGUCCAUGGAAAGUUUGAGGAAAGGAGGCUCCUAUCUCUCCAAGAAGAUUUAAUUAGUGACCUCCAAAAGAAAAGAUGUACACUCAAAUCUUCUGCCGAAGGUACCGCAUUUAUCAAGUACAAAUUUAGAAAUCUGAGGGUUCUCAUUGUCCUUGACGAUGUUAGUGAUUUUGAGCAAAUCGAUUCGUUAGCCAGAGAUCCAAGUUGGUUUGGCCCAGGAAGUAGGAUCAUCAUUAUCUCCAUGAGAAGCAAUCUUGUUGACAGAUAUAGUCAGGUGCCGGUUGAAAACUAUGAAUCUCCAGAAACUGCUCGUCUAAGUGUGCUUGAAACUGGAAGCCAGAGGCCUGACGCCUCCAGAAGAAGCAGUGUUGUCAAAAUUUGUGAUGACAUCAUCGUUGAAAAAUACGAGCUGAAGCAAAUGAAUGAUGGACAUGCUUUUCAACUGUUCUGUAAGUAUGCUCUUAGAGGAAAACCUCUUCCAGAGGAAUUCUCCUCUUUGGCAGAGGACAUUAGUUUGGCUACUGAAGGGCUUCCUUCUGUUAUUCAGGUUGUUGGUUCAUCUUUAUAUGGAAAGCCCAUAAAGUUUUGGGAGGAGGCAUUGGAUAGAUUGAAGCGAGAGCCUUUCAAUAAGGAAGUCAAAAGAAUUUUGAAGAGGAGAUAUAAAGCUUUAGAGGACAAUGCCCAACAGAUAUUUCUCGAUACAGCAUGUUUUUUUAUGGGAAAGGACAAGACAAUACCAUGUUACAUGUGGGAAGCUUGUAAAUAUGAUCCUUAUAGAGGAGUUGACGAACUUCAUAACAUGUCUUUGGUAAAAACCAGAGAAAAUAAUGAAUUGUGGAUGAAUAAUCAACUAAAAGUCCUUGGGAGGGAGAUUGUCAAGGAGGAAAAUCCAAGGAAACCUUUCAAGCGUAGCAGGCUAUGGAAUCGGGAGGAUAUUGAACGAGUAUUGAAUGAAAGGAAGGUCGAUGCUGUUGAAGCCCUUGGUGCCACGUUCGACAACUCCCGUUCAUUACCUGAACGCAGAUUUUUUCGUAAUUUCUCGAAUCUUAGGUAUCUUAGAAUGAACCACGCUAUUAUUAAAGGAAAUAAGCAGAGUGCAAAGAACUCCAGAGAGGAUCUUUUCCUUCCACGAUUAAAGUGGCUUGAAUGGCAAUGGUGCCACAAUAUCUCCAGUCUACUUGCCUUAGAUCUGUCAGACAUGGUCGUUCUUGAUCUGUCUUGGAGUACCUCCAGAACUUGGCGGUGCUGGAGACAAAUUAUGAAGAAGGCCAAAAACUUGAAAGUUUUGAUCCUUAAACAUUGUGGUUGGCUAGCUGAAUCUCCAGUUUCCCAUGCACCCACAAACUUAGAGAGACUAAACCUGGAAUAUUGUGCUACAUUACCGGGUGUUGGCAGAUCUAUUAGCAAGCUAAGGAACUUAGUUUCUUUGAAUAUCAAGUUCUGUAGCUUUGUGCAAGAGUUGCCAGAAGAUAUAGCUUCCUUGGUAGCUUUGAAAGAGCUUUACAUCGAUGGAACUUCCAUUAAAGCCAUUGAUUUCCCUGAGGGUUCAUAUGGGAAGCUUGAAAUUCUGAGUGCUUGCAAUUGUAAAUCCUUGUCUCUAUCCGAUUCAAUUGGUAACUUGAAAUCUCUUUCAUACCUAGCAUUGGACGACACUGAACUGAGUGAGCUCCCUUGUUCUAUCGGAUUGCUGGAGAAUUUACAGACACUAUCACUGAGAAACUGCAGGAGCUUGUGGAAAUUGCCAGAUUCCAUCGGAAGCCUCGGGGAGCUGCAAGUCAUGGAUCUUUCAGAUGCCGUAGUUGACAAACUACCUUCAUCUGUCAAGGAUUUGAGAAACUUGAAAGUAUUAAAGACGCCUCGCACUUUUAUAAGAGAAUUUCCUGGAGGCAUUAAGAAUCUAGAGAGGUUAGAAGAGAUAGAUUUCUCAGGCUGCAAAAGUUUGACAGGGGAAUGUGACAUUACGGGAUUAGCCUCUCUGAGGGUCUUACUUCUAGUAUAUACUGAUAUUUCUCAGCUGAUUGUGACUGUUCGUGGAUACUCUAAUCUCCAAAACCUCAGAUUAGAUGACGGUGUUCUCAUCUUGAAAGUUGAAACUACUAAACGGGCACGGCAUCAGUUCAACGGAUGUGAGACUGCGACCCAGUUCCAGGCUGAUGGACAUCACAUCAGCAUGACGAUGAUGAGUCAGACAUUGAAGCAAGGUGGCGGUCAGACAGAAGCAAGAAAGUUAUUGGUGGAUGAGGUUUGGCUACAAAGUUCCACAAUUACCGGCGAAUAGGACGAGAGCUUGUAGGAGUUGGAUUUUGGUAUAAAUAGAUAUAGUUGUAUCGUUGGGUUUAGUUUGUUAGUCACUGGAGAUGUAUACAUUCUUUUGGGUGGAAUUGUGAACUCUAAUCUUAUAACUAGCUUGCUAUUUUGUCGGAUAUAUAGAUGAAUAUAUAUUGUGGUAACAAAUUAAUGCUGGUUGUAUA